AUGGCUUUAGCUUGUAAAUUGUGUGGGGAAACGAAUUUUGUUAGGGACCUUUCAAAUGCUAAUAAUGAUUUAGUGUGUGUAGGUUGUGGUACCGUUUCGGAAGAAAAUCCAAUCGUCUCAGAGGUUACUUUUGGUGAAACCAGCGCUGGUGCUGCUGUUGUUCAAGGUUCCUUCAUUAGUGGUGACCAAGCCCAUGCUGCCUUUACCUCACAUGGUGGUUCCAGCGCUAUGGAAUCUAGGGAGGCAACCUUAAAUAAUGCUAGGAGAAAGUUAAGAGCUGUAUCACAUGCUUUGAGGAUCCAAGACUAUAUAACCGAUGCUGCUUUUCAAUGGUAUAAACUGGCAUUGCAUCAUAACUUUGUUCAAGGUCGUCGUUCACAAAAUGUUAUAGCAGCAUGUUUGUAUGUUGCUUGUCGUAAAGAAAAGACUCAUCAUAUGUUAAUCGAUUUUUCCUCAAGACUUCAAGUUAGUGUAUAUUCAAUCGGCGCGACAUUUUUGAAAAUGGUAAAGAGAUUACAUAUUACAAAUCUACCUUUAGCUGAUCCAUCUUUAUUCAUUCAACACUUUGCAGAGAAAUUAGAUUUAGGUGAGAAAAAAAUUAAGGUAAUAAAAGAUGCUGUCAAAUUAGCACAAAGAAUGUCAAAAGAUUGGAUGUAUGAAGGUAGAAGACCUGCUGGUAUAGCCGGUGCGUGCAUUUUACUGGCCUGUAGGAUGAAUAAUUUAAGAAGAACACAUUCUGAAAUUGUAGCAAUAUCACAUGUUGCAGAAGAAACAUUACAACAACGUCUAAAUGAAUUUAAAAAUACAAAUACUGGUAAAUUAUCUAUUAAGGAAUUUAGAGAAAAUACUGAUGAAACUGAGGGCUCAAAACCUCCAUCUUUUCUUAAGAAUAGAAUUAACGAGAGAAAAAUAAAAAAGCAAUUAGAGAAAGAAGAAUUGACUCAAACAAGUGAACAAGCAAUACAAAAGAAUCCAAUUUUAUCCCAGUUGUUAGGAGAACAAGAGCUAUCUUCUCGUGAAGUAUUGUUUUAUUUGGAAAAAUUUUCUAAAGAAAGAGAGAAAGUCAGGCAUAGAAUUAAAACUACAUAUGGUAUCGAUGAUACUGAUACACUAUUAGAUGCUAAGAAAAAUAUCGAUGCUACGAAAUUUAAAAAAAUAGAUGUUGAGGAUGAAGUGAAAGAAAAUGAUGAUCACCCAAGAAAGAGAAGACUUAGAAGUAACGCAGAAGUCAUUAAAAUUGAAGUCGAUACUGAUGAUGAACAAGAAGAAGAAGAGGAAAAAUUUGAUGCAACCGUUUCACGUCACUUCCAAGAUCAAAUAGAUGGAUACUCCCUGAAUAAUGAUCCAUAUCGUCCGAGAAACCUGCAUUUAUUACCAACCACAGAAUCAUUACUUUCAAAAGUUGAAGAUGACCCAGAUAAUUUAGAUGAUGUUGACGAUGAAGAGUUAGACGCUCAGUUAUUAGAUGAAGAAGCUUCUAAAUUGAAAGAAAGAAUAUGGAUAGGUUUAAAUGGUGAUUUCUUGCUUGAACAAGAAAGUAAGAGGCUCAAACAAGAGGCGGAUAUAGCUACUGGUAACACUUCUGGUAAAAAGAGAAGAAAACAAAGAAGCAAAUCUGCUAAACAGGAAAAUGAAGAGGAAAAUAUGCUAGCGCAAUUAAAAAAUGAAUCAGGAUUCCAAGCCGCCCUUAACGUUGUAGAUGCAGGUGGAGAUCCAACAACUGCUUCAAGUGUCAAGAGCAUGCUGCAAAAGGCAAGUUUUUCUAAAAAAAUCAACUAUGAUGCAAUUGAUGGUUUGUUUAAUAGUUGA